AGGAAAUUGAUCAAACAUUCGGUGCGGAAUCCUUCCAUCCUGUUCACCGAAUGCAAUGGACAAGCCCCAGAUAGUGGAGUUCCUAUCCCAGUCUGUCAAUUACUCCGUCUUCGAUGUGAAAUGGAUUCCACGGACGGCAAAGUUUGUCGUCGCCGGCUCGAGGCCACAGGGCUCAGGAGUUCUGCAAGUGUACGAAUUGGAGGAGAACACACUGCAGCUGAGACAUGAGAUCAGCCAGGACAAGUCUCUCAAGUGCUGUUCGUUCGGCGCCUCUCGUAUUCGCAACAAUCACGUGGCUGUUGGGGACUUUGCCGGGAAUCUCUCAGUGCUGGACGUGGAACGUCCGGAAAGCCCUCUGUAUGCCGUGAAGGCACACUCGAGCAUCAUCAACAGCUUGGACGCCAUCGGUGGGGCUCAGGUGAAUUGUGGUGCCCCGGAAAUCGUAACUGGAAGCCGUGACGGAAGCGUGAAAGUCUGGGAUACGCGGCAGAAAGACUCACCAGUGGCUUGUGUGUCCGGGAAUUCAGAUUCUGGGGGCAGAGAUUGCUGGGCCGUGGCCUUUGGGAACUCCUUCAACAACAGCGACAGAUGUGUGGUGGCGGGAUAUGACAAUGGAGACCUCAAGAUGAUAGAUCUCCGGAAGAUGCUCCAGCGUUGGGAGACGAAUCUCGGGAACGGAGUUUGCGGAGUGGAGUUCGAUCGGAAUGACAUCGAGAUGAACAAACUAGCUGUGACGACACUGGAGGGCGGUCUGUUCGUGUACGAUGUAAGGACGCAGCAUCCCAAGAAGGGCUUCGCGUGUGUCGUUGAGAAGGACGCCGGACGAUCUCUGGGCAGCUGUGGCACCAUCAGUGGCGCCAAGAGCACCGUUUGGACGGUGAAGCAUCUGCCGCAGAACCGCGACGUCUUUGUCUCAUGCGGCGGCAGCGGAUCGAUCAGGCUGUGGCAUUAUGAGUAUCCGGACAAGAGAACGAAGCCUUUGCCUGACGGCACGGAGGCUGGCGUCGAAGGGAAUCUGCAGAUGCUCUGCUCGUCAGUGAUCUCUUCCCAGCCUGUUCACUGCUUUGACUGGUGUACAGACUUGAUCGGAUUAGCCGUUUGUGGAGCCUUCGAUCAGACAGUCAGAGUCCUGAUCUCUACCAAAUUGAACUUGUAUUAGAACUACAAACAACAAGUUAUAAAUGAAUUAA